AUGGCUAAUCCUAAGAAGAAGGAAACUCGUGAACUUAGAAAGAUCAUACAUUGUUUCAAAGUUGGGAUAGCAAUGACAUUGGUCUCACUCUACUACUACUACAAUCCUUGGUCUGAUAACACUACUCAAGGAGCUGCAAUGUGGGCUGUCAUGACUGUCGUCGUCGUCUUUGAGUUCACAGUCGGUGGAUGUAUAUACAAAGGAUUGAAUAGAGCAAUGGCAACAUUAGUCGCCGGCGGUCUCGCUCUCGGAGUGCAUUGGCUUGCAAGCAUAUCAGGAGACAAAUUUGAGCCUAUCAUUCUUGGACUAUCAGUUUUCAUUCUAGCUUCCAUUGCGACAUUCUAUCGAUUUGACACUAAGAUCAAAGUCUGGUUUGAUUAUGGUGUGGUGAUAUUCAUCCUAACAUUCAGCUUGAUCGCCGUCUCCGGCUAUCAACGGGAUACACUCUUUGCUUUGGCACAACAGCGUUUAUACAACAUUGGCAUUGGUAUCUUUAUUUGUCUUUUGGUUUGUUUUCUUAUUUGUCCAGUUUGGGCUGGAGAAGAUCUUCAUCUUCUCAUAAUAUGGAACAUGGAGAAGAUUGCUGAUUCAUUAGAAGUUUGCACGGAUGAGUACUUCAAAGGAUGUGGUGAAGAUAACGAUGCAAUUAGACAAAGAUUAGAAUCAUGUGAUGAAGAUAACUAUGCAAUUAGACAAAGAUUAGACGCAUACAAACACAUCCUCAAUUCAAAGUCAUCAGAAGAUUCUUUGGCAAUUUUAGCGAGAUGGGAACCCGGCCACGGGUCAUUUGGUUUCCGGCAUCCAUGGAAUCAGUACCUCAAGAUUGGAGCUGCAAUGCGGCUUUGUUCUUACUGCUUAGAAUCCCUUCUUGGUUGCAUUGCUUCCCAAACUCAAGUAACUGAUGAGUCUAUGAAGAAGCAUUUGAGUGAAGCUUGCAUGAGAUUAAGCUUCAACUCCUCCAGAAUCUUAAAAGAGUUGGCCAAGUGCAUCAAGUUCAUGAGGAAGUCAAACUGCAUGGACUUGCUGCUAAGAGAACAAAACAAUGGAGUUAAGGAGCUUGACAAUGCACUGAGAUCUUUGCCACCAUCUAAUCAUCCAACUAAGGAAUCCAUGGAUUUAGGCUUUGUUUCUUCGUUCCAUGGCCGAGAAUUGAUCGUCAUUAUUUCAUUGUUGAUUGAGAUAUCGGCGAGGAUCAUCGGAGUUGUUGAAGCAGUUAAUCUCUUGGCAGAGCAAGCUUGUUUCAAGCCUGCCAAGAAUGAGAUGGAACAAGAAGACGAAGAAGUAGACAUGGUUAGUCGUAAAAAUUCCUUUGUAGUUACUUUGGGGCCUGAACCUGUUAGAACUACUGAAGAGGCAUGAGAUUUCAGGUAACUUGAACACUUGCCAUUUUUAUAGUCAUCAGAAAAUUAAAGAACGCAA